ACCAAGCCAAGGUACCUACCUCAACAGCCUGCCUAGUAGUGGAAUUGGAAAAGGCUGCUUUCGUGUCAGAAACGUGCUCUUUGAGCAGAUGACAUUCACGUCUGGACCACUCGCAACGACACAUCUCGUGUGACUUCUCCUGAGCCUCGCCUAUCGCUCUUCCGAACUAGUUUGGUCAUUUCAACAACAGAGCCCCAUCUGACAGCGCACAAACCUCGAGAAUGACCCGAUAGCCAACAUGGCAUACGAACAACGCGGUGAGCGCGAUUAUGGAGGUCAGGGGGGCGGAGGAGGAGGAGGAGGCGGCGGAGGCUAUGAAGGGGUCUUCAUUCGUGGAAGAGGUAAAAGUAAGUUAGCCUGUGAGGAGAGCGUUCAGUCUGGGCGUGGCCAGCAAGAAUACCUGGAUCUUUGACUGCAAGAAAAUACAAAGGAAAUACAUCUGUGCAGUAAAGAUGUGGAAAGCAGAUCUGAAGCAGUUUUACCACUGGAACAUCUACAGUCCUUGCAUCCACAUCUGGCAGAGCCAGGCAAGGACGGGAGACAAUGCCCAGCACGUGAUUGUUAAAGGCCGGUGACUGACUAUGGGUCAACUAUGGUACACUGGAUGCGGAAUCGGCAGCCGAGAUUCAAGGGCGGAUAUCAAGGAGAGAUGGAGAGGCCGAGUGCAAGCUACAUAGUGGAUAUGGUUCCGCCUCUAGCACGAAUAAGCGAACCUGCUGAUACGAUUCCGGCUCGCCAUCUUCACACAUCCCUAAACAAGAACAAGCAUCCGGUCAACGUCGUUCGCUGGACACCAGACGGUCGAAGAUUACUCACAGGCUCAAGCAGUGGCGAAUUCACCUUAUGGAAUGGAACUGGUUUCAACUUCGAGACCAUCAUGCAAGCACAUGAUGUUGCUAUCCGAGCUCUGUCUUAUUCUCACAAUAAUGACUGGUUGCUGUCAGCUGAUCAUGAUGGAAUGAUCAAGUACUGGCAGCCGAACUUCAAUAACGUCAAAGUCAUCCAAGGACACAGUGACGCGAUCAGAGAUAUUGCAUUCAGCCCAAAUGACUCGAAGUUCAUUACGGCUGCCGACGACUCGAAACUGAAGAUUUUCGAUUUUGCUUUGGGUACCGAAGAGUCUAUUCUCGAGGGGCAUGGUUGGGAUGUGAAGAGUGUUGACUGGCAUCCUACCAAAGGUCUAAUUGUAUCUGGAUCAAAGGAUCAUUUGGUAAAACUAUGGGAUCCUCGGACAAGUCGUGUCUUAACAACACUACACGGCCACAAAAAUACCCUCACCAAGACACUCUUCGAACGAGUCAGAGGUGACUGCUUAGCGACCUCAGCACGAGACCAGAUAGCACGUGUAUUCGAUCUCCGAAUGAUGCGUGAUAUUGUCCUCCUGAAAGGGCACGAGAAAGAAAUCUCCAGCUUGACAUGGCACCCGAUUCAUUCGAAUAUGAUCAGCACUGGCGGAGGAGAUGGAGCCAUAUUCCACUAUCUCCUCGACGAGCCUAAUAAUCCAUCAGGAGCCGUACCCACGCUUGCACCAUGGGAUAGCACAUCGCCCUCAACCGCCGUAGCCCAAACCAUUCACCCAGCUCACAAAAUCAAGCACGCCCACGAAUUCCCCAUCUGGUCUAUGGAUUGGCAUCCGCUCGGCCACAUCCUCGCAUCAGGAUCCAACGACCGCACUACCAAAUUCUGGACUCGUGCUCGACCAGGCGAUACAGAUAUCGCCAACGACAGGCAUCACAUCGGUGAAGCUGCUGCCGAAGCCCAAGGAACAUGGGAUCGCCGCGGUGGCCGCCGUCAACGCCAGGAAGAAGAAGAGCAGGAAUUGGAAGACGAAACUGAAGGUCUCGUCGACCAGAAAAUGCCUGCCAAACUCCCCGGCUUUCCAGGUAUCCCAGGCCUUCCUCUUCCAGGUGGUGCUCAGCCCAUCAUUCCAGGCAUGGGCAAUGCUCCUCCGCCGUCAAUCUCGCAAUAUCAACCACCGCCUCCUCAGAUGCCAUAUGGCACGGGAGUACCACCUCCUCCACCGGGAAUGGACCUUAAUAAUCCACCUGACUUCGCUGCUCUGGCUGAGAUGAUGCAGAAGGCCGGCUUACCACCACCACUUCCUGGUCAGGUGCCACCUCCCCCUCCUGGGAUGAUCAUUCCGGGGAUGCCACCGCCACCUGGAUUUGGUUUACCGCCUGGCUUCCCGCCGCCGCCUGGUAUGGGACAGCAGCCUCCUUUCCCGAUUCCUGGUAUGGGUGGCGAAGACAGGCAGGGAAGUGAACAGGCUGGUGCUGCUGGGAGCGUGAGAAGGAGAGGUCCGUUGCCAAGUCAGGAAGAGAGUUUGCAGAUGGAGCAGAGAAGGGGGAAAUAUACUCGCGCGAGAUGAAGUGAUAUAGUAGCUACUGUUAGUGUGCCCGGAUGUGGACGGCAGGAAGGAAACCGGCGGAUUUGUAUAACAGGAACAUGACCUGGCGUGAGCAGAGAAUAUUUCCAUGGCCUUCGAAAGAGCUCACUUGACUAGGCUAAAGACAAUGAGAAAUUUGAUGGCUUUUCAACGACUUUGCAUUCCCUGAUUUCCCAACAUACUGUUCCUUGCCAAAAAACGAAGCUGACUACUAUCAUGUCACUGCCAUGAUCCGAAAGUUUCUAGCUAAAGUUCAUGCAUUAGAUUGGGUAUUGAGUAUGCUAGCUAUAACGAUGUAGACUACAGUCCUUAAAUACAAGUUUCCGAAAGUGGAUUU